AUGGGCUCAAGCCAGGACCAGAUCGACGUCCAGAAAGUCGAAGCGGCGCCAGAGGUCGAGCCUGAGACAAAGGCCAUGACAACACCACCUUCAGAAGCAGUCGAGGAAGAAUCAAACAGCACGACCGCGGAGAAAGUGAAGUCUGAGAAGGACAAGAAAGGCAAGAAGCAGGCCAAGAAGAGCAAAACUAAAGCCAAGACCAAGGUCGUGUCCGAUUCUGAGAGCAGCGAUGCAGACAGUGAGUCCGAAGACAGCACUGACGAUGCGAAAGAGAAGCGCAAACCAAGACGGAAGAAAGCAGCCAAGAAAGUAGCAGCUAAGAGGAAAGCAGCGAAAGAGAAGGCUAAGAAGAGGAGAAGCAAGAAGAAAAGCAAAGAGGUGGUCUCGAGUGAUGACUCCAGUGAGGCUUCUGCGAUCGAUUCUGGAGACUCGAGCUCACAAUCGUCCUCCGACUCCGACUCAGAAGACGCGAAGAAGAAGACUCGACGUAAGACUGCAAAAGCCAAGGCUAAAGCCAAGUCAAAGAGCAAGAAUAGCAAGAAGGUCGAGAGUUCCAGUGACGACAGUGACUCUGAUUCGUCUUCUAGCUCUUCCAGCUCCUCCAGCAGUGAUUCCAACUCUGACUCCGACGACGCAAAGUCAAAGCGCAAACGCAGGAAGGCCAAGCGUAAGGCCAAGAAGGCAGUGGACGACGAUAGCUCUACAUCUGAUGGUCCUGCGGUUGCUACCACAGACGGAAGUACGAUACCGGUCUCUGGCGAUAGCCUCGACACGCAAGUGACAAAGGUGACGGCCGUUCUUCAGAACCUCAAGAUGCAACAGCUUGCUAUCGCCACCGCCACAUCAGCUGGCAUCCCUCCUCCGAUACCACCAGCACCAGUGAAGAAGAACGCACACGAGUUCAAGCGCGUCGACCAAGUAUGGGACACAAAGCUUCGUGACUACAAACUCGUUGAAAGUACUGCGGACCAGAAAGACGAAUUCGAAUGUGUGUUCACUGUGCGACGACGAUUCAACUGGGAAGGCAAGCUUCGUGAGACACUCGUUGACAUCAAGUCCAAAGCACUGCGAGGCGUGCUCCAAGUAGUCUUGAAGGAGUGCAAGUGCAUCAGCCUUGUGGAGGAUAUCCCGGAGAUUGACCCUCAUGUUUUGUACCACUACUAUGACGAGAUCAAAAAGUACGUGAGGAAGACUCUGAAGUCCAAGCUUAAGCGUGCGAAGAAAUCCAAGGACCGGAAGCAACUCACCCAGGAGAUUGCCCAGUGCAAACUGCUGCUCGGCUACAUUGACGAAGACUUUGCUGCAACUCGAAAGGCAUUGAAGCCACUACUGAAGGCAGGCACGAUUACAUACGAGCUUUGCUGGGCGCUGUUCAAGCCAAACACAAUUGUCUAUACCCCGACUUAUGGUAACAAGGAGGAUCCUCGAUGUUUCAAAGUUGAGCAAUGUUUCGAGUAUGAGAGUUGGCUUAGCGGCGCCAAAUCCUGUUGCAUUGACGGGAAGUAUCUCGAGUACGACGGCCAAGUCUUUGGACUCGGCGACCAUGAAGCCGAGAUCAAAUCGUUCAAGGGUCACAAGAAGAUUACGAGUCUAGUGGCGUAUCCGUUGAAAUAUCACAAAGAUCCAAAGGGUAUCCAGAAACUGCUCAUCGAGCGAGGCAAGAAGUUUAUCGCACUGCAGGGCAUGAACUAUCGCCUUCAGAAAGGUAUAGCUUAUCAGAAGAUCAAGAACACGAUUGCCAAGUAUAAUAUAAAUGGCCGUGUAAUGGUCGAUCCUGCGAUUUUCCGUCGGGUACAGCCGAACUACCCACUGUCAUACAUCAGGCCAGAUGAGCUUAACCGAGAAGAUGAGGAGAUUGAACAGGAGCUGAGCGACGACUGUGGCUGCUCAAGCGAUGAUGAGGACGCAUCAGAGAGUGAGAAGCCUGAAAAGGAUCCAGUGCGGGUCGUGUUGUGGAAAGACAGCACAGGCAAGAAACACCCCAUCCACGUGUUUCAGAGCGCGAUCGAUGCUGAGAAUGGAGUUGGGGGUAACGAGACAACUCAGCUCGAUACAGACACUGACACCAACAUGGCCAACCAUGUCUUCACCGAAGAGGAGCUCAUCAUCGCCUCCCCUGUGGUUCUCGGCUUUGCCUUCUCCGAGAAACUCUGGCUUGAGUUCUCACUUUCCGGUAUUGAGGAGAUCCAAUGGAAUGCCGAGGCUUUUGACUCGCUCGUUCUGCCGGAUAAGAUCAAGUCCAAUCUGAAGGGCCUGGUAUCCUCGCAUCGCUUCAAUGCUGCCCGCACCAUUGACGACGUCAUCCAGGGCAAGGGCAAAGGCCUCAACGUCGUGCUUCACGGCCCUCCAGGUGUCGGGAAGACACUUACCGGCGAGUCAAUCGCCGAAUAUCUGAAGUGUCCACUGUACGCAGUAUCCGCUGGCGAACUCGGCACCAACUCCGGGAGUCUCGAGCGCGAUCUGAACCGUAUAAUGGACAUCACGCACUCGUGGGGCGCAAUCUUGCUGCUCGACGAAGCCGACGUAUUCCUCGAGGCCCGCCAGCCGCAUGAUAUCCACCGCAACAGUCUCGUCUCCGUCUUCCUGCGCCUGACGGAGUACUACCAGGGAAUCCUAUUCUUAACCACAAAUCGUGUCGAGACAUUUGACGAGGCGUUCCAGAGCAGAAUCCACAUGGGUAUUCGCUACGAGAAUCUGAUGCCUGCUGCUCGCAAGAAGAUCUGGCAGCACCACGUGAACAAGGUCGAGAAGAUGGCGGUCGAGGAGGGAGCCAAUGGUAAGGGGAAACAGAAGAUCAAACUGUUUUCCGAAGCCGACUUUAACGAACUGAGUAAGAAAAACAUGAACGGUCGACAGAUCAAGAAUACGGUCAAGACAGGCCAGUCAAUUGCACUGUCGGAGAAGGCGCCGUUCAGUAUGGAGCAUCUCAAGCGUGUGCUUGAGGUUGCUCAGGCUUUCGAGGACGACAUGCGGGGCGGCAAGGGGUACCGUGAUGCUAUGCAGCACUACACCUAG